UCUCCGAUCUAAAAAAAAAAUUAAAAAAAAAAAAAAAAACCUAUAAUUUGGUAAUUAUACUCUUCCCAUAUUCCCACCACCGACUCAUUUAAAAUAUCUUUCUCAGCAAAAAUACUGCCUUUUGUGGUGGUGCUGGUGCACCCGUCUUUUCCGUCUUCUAUUUAUUCACCGCUUUCUUUUUCUUUUUCUUUUUCUCUUUUUUCUUUUUUUUUUUUUUUUUUUUUUUUUGUGGAAUUUUGUGCCUUUUUUCCGUCGAAUUUCGAAGUUAGGGUUAGGGUUUGAUGAUCCAAUUCUGAGAAAACUUCAAUUUUUUUUCGAAGAUCAUCAAACCUUUUAUUAAUUAUUAAUUGAAUUGAAUUGAAUUCAAUCAAUAAUGUAUGCAUUGAAGGAGAAAGUGAGUGAGAAAUUAUCUCGUCUUUUGGCUGAUUCUCCGUCUCCACCAUCUCCUCAAUUGCAAGAAUCUCCAAAGGUCAAUUCAUACUCCAUGGGAGCAAAAACUUUGUCAUCGUUUUUAACCUACAUCCAUCCUUCAGCUACCAAACAAAAGACUCAGGGUGAUUUGAAGUCUUCGCAAUCAUCUCCCACCAGAUGGAAAAGUAGUAGUUUUUCUCGGCGAAUUCAAAACAUGGAAAAUCAGGCAGAACUCAUUCCACAAGAUGAAUGUAGAGAAUCAACUAUCCCUCAUAAUGAGCAUGAGAGCCCUGCUUCUACCAGAAGUAAUUGUGUACCAGAAUUCUUUGAGGAUGCAAUUGAGCCUCCAAGCCCUUGGAAGCUUAUGCCUAAUUUGACAGAUGAUUCUUCAUAUGUUGAUGGGGGAUUAUAUGAGUUUCUUGAGGCAUCCCUUCCUAACAUCGUGAAGGGUUGUCAAUGGGUAUUGCUAUACAGUACUUUAAAACACGGUACAUCUCUACGUACUCUUAUACGGAAAAGUGCUGAUCUUCCAGGUCCUGGCUUAUUGAUUGUUGGAGAUAGAAAGGGGGCUGUGUUUGGUGGGCUCCUUGAUUGUCCUCUUAAACCAUGCCCUAGGAGGAAAUAUCAAGGAACAAACCACUCUUUUGUUUUUACCACUAAAUACGGUGAACCAAGGCUGUUUAGAGCAACAGGUGCCAACCGAUACUUCUAUUUGUGCUUGAAUGAUUUCCUAGCAUUUGGUGGGGGAGGCAACUUUGCUUUGUCAUUGGAUGAAGAUUUAUUGGCUGGAAGUAGUGGGCCAUGCCAGACUUUUGGGAACUCAUGCUUGGCUCAUGAUCCAGAGUUCGAAUUGAAAAAUGUUGAGCUGUGGGGUUUCAUCCAUUCAUCCCGAUACCUUACUUGAUAUGUAACUAAUGGAGAAUUGGUGUACUGGAUAUCUGCGUUAACUCAAUUAUUUGUUGUCGAGGAUCAUCAUCACAUUUCAUUGGUUAUUUAUACACACUAAUAUUUUUUUUUUUAAAGGGUGUAUAUAUUGUACAACAGUGUAUGCUUCUGUUACUUUCUAUAUAUACCCAGGUUAUUUUGGGGGGCGAUAACGCCGAUAAGAUAGUAUUCCACUUAUUAGAAUGAAAGUCAAUAUACCUUCAAAAUCCUCGCGAGAUAAAAAUAAAGCCUAUUUAUUUAUCAAAAA